AUGAGCCCAUUUUUUCCAGUAAAUAUACUCUUCCGCAUCAAAGAGAUCAAGUCUGACGAAGAAAUUAUAGCAGUAUCGAAGGAAGAGCCGAUUUGUUUCAAGCAAGGUACAUAUCAUCCGUGCGUAAUCACCAACUGCCAGCAUGUCGAUGGCCUUGCGCUGGCUUGCCACUCAACCUGUGCAGCAGACGGUCUGCUGUCUCUGAAAACAUUGGAAGUGACCCGCUGGGACCCAGGGUUUGAGCUGCCAAUUGCACGAUCGGCUGAUCUCAAGCGCUAUCUGGCAGCCAAAAGGGCCUCAAGGCUCGACCUGGCGCGAUCAACUUUGCAGGUAAAAGAGAAGAUAGCCGAGGCUUCAAGCGGCGAGGUGAGCACCUCGUCCCGUAUAUGGGCAACAUACGUGACACUACACGAUGAGACGUAUGUCUCAGAUCUAAGCAACAAUCAUGGAGAUGAGGUUAUUUACGAUCCGGCAUCGAAUUCAACAGAAGAUGUUAUUUACAUUAGACGAGGCCCCUUGGGCGUGAAGAAGAUUGUAGUCGCGUGCUCAACUGAGAGUGUAGAAAUGGAGAAUUAUCCAUUGGACUGGUGGCAAGUCCUGCCGCUGAUUGAAGGCUCAAUACUCCAUUUCGAAUUUGACCCAUCUAGAUUUAAUCGUCUCAAGAUCAAUGACCCAGAAACCACAGUAUACUCAGUAGCGUGGAACCCCUUUCACCUAGCGCUGAAGAUUAUUAGGCACAUGGCCACGGACGACUGGUCAUGCUACUCUGAAUUGCCUCAAGACAUGACAACAUGGCUGCAUAUCCCUAUUGGCCGCGGCGAGCUCCUCAAAGAGAUUUGGCAUCGAGAGCACACUCAUUGUUGCCGAAGAGAGAUGGACUUGGUACCGGUGACUACAACUGGCCGCGUGCAUGUAUUGGGAAAGCAUCCGAUACCAAGCCAUACAUAUAUCCAUGAACGCAUUACGGCAUUUCGAAGCGAGCCAGAUUACAUUCACAUCGACGACUCGGCCGGAAUACGCAAGCUAGCUCUCAACCCAGCACCGCCGGUAAUUGACGACCCGUUUGGUACCUUGAGCUUGCCAGUACCGGUGUCUCAGUACCCGAAGGCUACUUCUGCUGAAAGCUAUUUUUAUACUUUUGCAUCUCUUGAUAAUCUAGAUUUCUUCGAGGCAUGUAGUUUCAAUGGCAUUAUCACCGGUGUACUUUUACACUAUGGCGACGGAUCACGAGCUGUCGUUGGGCAGGUCAGGCUGGACAGAUUGGCAGCGAAGCAAUAUGUCCCUCGCGACGCAACCAUCCGAUUUGUUGUCACCCGAAACGUAGCUCAAUGCCCGAAAGUCAGUGCCGUCUUGGUAUUGACGGCGGAUAUGUAUGAGCAGCUUCCUCGCAUGAAUUUCGAUUUAGACUUGGAGGUUCCUUGCCACGGCAAGUUGGAGUGGUGGUAUACAUGGAGGCAGUGUCAACUCGCUCAUGAGGGACGUACCAGCGGAUCAGUAGUAUAG